CGGCAGCGAGCGAGCGCGCAUGCACCGGCUCGGGCGGCCCCUUUGAGGAGCACGCUUGGCGGGGCUCUGCGGGAGGCCCGGCUGCGGGGGCCCAUGGCGAGCGGGGUUAUUAAAUGCAAGGCCGCUGUUGCCUGGGAGGCAGGUAAACCACUCUCUAUAGAAGAGGUAGAGGUUGCACCACCAAAAGCACAUGAAGUCCGUAUUAAGGUUGUUGCCACUGCUGUCUGUCACACAGAUGCCUAUACGCUGAGUGGUGCUGAUCCUGAGGGGUGUUUUCCAGUGAUCUUGGGUCACGAAGGAGCCGGAAUUGUGGAGAGUGUUGGGGAAGGAGUAACUAAAUUAAAACCAGGUGACACAGUCAUCCCACUGUACAUCCCACAAUGUGGAGAAUGCAAGUUCUGUUUGAACCCUAAAACCAAUCUCUGCCAAAAGAUAAGAGUUACCCAAGGAAAAGGACUGAUGCCCGAUGCUACCAGCAGGUUCACCUGCAAAGGGAAGCAAAUUUACCACUUCAUGGGGACUAGCACCUUCUCUGAAUACACUGUUGUGGCUGAUAUCUCUGUGGCUAAAAUUGAUGCUGCUGCUCCUCUGGAUAAAGUUUGCCUAUUGGGCUGUGGAAUUUCAACAGGUUAUGGUGCUGCCAUCAACACUGCCAAGGUGGAACCUGGUUCUACCUGUGCUGUCUUUGGAUUGGGAGGAGUUGGGCUGGCAGUUAUUAUGGGCUGUAAAGUGGCUGGAGCUUCCCGGAUCAUCGGCGUUGAUCUCAACAAAGAUAAAUUUGCCAAGGCUAAAGAGUUUGGAGCCACUGAGUGCAUCAACCCUCAGGACUUCAAGAAACCCAUACAGGAGGUGCUGGUUGAGCUUACUGAUGGUGGAGUGGACUACUCUUUUGAGUGCAUUGGGAAUGUUGGUGUCAUGAGGGCUGCCUUGGAAUCCUGUCACAAAGGCUGGGGAGUGAGUGUGAUAGUUGGAGUAGCUGCUGCUGGGCAGGAGAUCUCUACCCGUCCCUUCCAACUAGUAACAGGUCGCACGUGGAAAGGGACUGCGUUUGGAGGUUGGAAGAGUGUAGAGAGUGUACCAAAGCUGGUGGCUGAAUACAUGUCAAAAAAGAUCAAAGUUGAUGAAUUUGUGACACACACUCUGCCUUUUGACAAAAUUAAUGAAGCUUUUGAACUGAUGCAUGCAGGAAAGAGCAUUCGAAGUGUCCUGAAAUUUUAAGGAUCCCGAAGAUGGAACCUGCCAGUCUUAGCACUAUGCUGUGUCUACUAGUUAAUGGAGCUUUUUGAAGAAGUGUAGGAUCAGCUGGAGAGAAAAUUCAGUUGUGAUGGGAAAAUCAUCUGCUUUAGGAUCAUAGUUUCUAUUAAAUCAUAGGUAACCUGAUCUCAGACUAAUGAUAAAUACUAAAUCCAGUUAUGAAACUAAUGCUGGUCGUGGUCAUGAAAAUGUUUUAUUCUAUACUAGUCACUCCUGACUUGACAGUGCCUAAAUCUUUAAAGCUGCUGGAUAGUUUUUUUGUUUUUUUGUUUUUUUGUUUUUUUUUUUGUAACCACCACCUAGAAACUUUCACUCCUCAGUCAUUAAUGUGUUUUCUCUACUUCUAAAAAGUUAUUAGAUGGACUACGUAACACCUAAAGGUCUGUGGAUUGCAGAUGUGUACAGAGAAACUCUCCCUCCAUGCAAAAUGGGGUGGGGAGAAGACCCAGUUGUAUCUGCAACAGCUUCCUAAUCCUCGUGAGCAGUAAAAGUUAAAUAUUGCAGUUAAGUUCUCACAUUGCAGAGAACCCCAUGGAUGGAGUAUUUUAUACCAUUGUAUAAGGUUUUUUUCAACCACAGCCAUUAGACUCUUAUCAGGGGAAGCUUAGUUUCUGCAGAUUAUUGGGCUGCCAGUGAACUACUGCACUUCAGGCUGAAGCUGACCUUAUCCUUCAUAGUACAGUCUAAGGAGAUAACCUCCGAGUAAACUCCUCUCCUGAUUUAACUGCUGUAGAACCCAGAGGCAUGGGAGAAGGUGAUUUAAAUCAAGGCCCAACACCCAGCCAACCUGUUGCCACUACUGUAAAUAGCCCUAAUUCAAAAACAAACUUGUCUAAGGCUAGGUCUAUACUACCCGCCUGAAUCGGCAGGUAGAAAUCGACCUCUUGGGGAUCGAUUUGUCGCGUCCCGUUGGGACGCGACCGUCUAUCCCCGAAUCGGCGCUCUAACUCCACCAGUGGAGGUGGUAGUAAGCGCCGCCGACAAAAAGCCGCAGAAGUCGAUUUUUGCCGCUGUCCUCAGAACGGGGUAAGUCGGCUGCAAUACAUCGAAUUCAGCUACGCUAUUCACGUAGCUGAAUUUGCGUAUCUUAAAUCGACUCCCCCCUGUAGUGUAGAUGUACCCUAAGACUUACCCUUUAUUUUGAAAAAACCUUAAAACUAGUCAAAGGUUUCUUGUUACAGUCUGAGGCCCAAAGCCACAGCUGUGUGGGCUGUGAUUUAUCUGCUCUUACUGAAAGUGAGGUGAGGAAAGUGCCCUCCUUGCAACAAUAAUGUUGAAGGAAAACUCAGCACUGUGUAGAAAGUGAUAUUGGGAAUUCACUUUCUUCCUUCUAGCCAAUAAACUGCUGUCCUAGCAUGACUGUAUGGGGCAAUCUGUAGUAAAUCUGACCAACUCUAAGGGCUGGCCUAACAUGAACAUCCCAUGGUAACUUCACAAGAAUCUUGCUGGUUGUUCCACUCCUGCUUCAUUUCCCAUUUGGCUAAUUACAGUCUCCUGUGCCGGGCAUAUGCCUUCUGUUCCUGUGCUGUAGUGUUACAGUUCACCAACUGUCAGCAGAUCAGCAGUAAAUAAAGUAUGGUGGAGGCCUUGUAGCAGAUAGUGUAGGAUUUCCAUUAUACUAUCAUUCCAUACACCUGGUUAUAGAUCCAUAUGUUGCAAUUUAGUCCAGUGUUUAAAGGUGGUUUCACACUGACAAAAGUUUUAGAAGGAACUACCUGAUUCACUUAUAUGUAGGCUGCAGUUCUGGUAGGCUUAAAGCUUUCUCUGGUCUUGCAUCUAUACCAUUCUAAGGAAAAAUUAAAGUAGGGACUGAAGAGGCCCACUGGAACCAUCCCAAGCAGGGUUUCUUAACCUGCAACUUCAAAGUCAAUCAGCUAUCAGUCCCUGUUAAGUCACAGCAUCCAUAACUUCCAGGAUGCCCUGCCUUUACUACCAUGCAAACAUCAUGGUAUGAGUAAGUAACGUGUGACAGGGGAGAACUACACACCCCCAUUGUUAGAAAAAUGAGAUAAAAGGAUUUAAUUGUACCUUUAUAAGUAUCUGGCUUAGUUAGUAAAAAGCCAGCUUCUGUAAUACCUGAACAAUUACUGAUACACACCUCUACCCCCACAAAAUAAAUAAAGGCCUAAAAGCUCUAUAGUUAAGUUCUCACCUAAUAUGUUGACCAUUCAAUUAAAUAGAGUAAUUUUUUUUUUGAGGAAGCAUCUGCUGAAGAAUUACACAGAUAAAGAAGGGAUAGAUCAUCAAAAAGUUUUCUCCUAAUAGUGCUGAUGAGGGACUAACUCUACUCAUGAAAUGUAGCAUGUGGAAGAUUUACUAAAUUUUAAGAACUUUAUGGGACAAAUCUAACUCCAUUUAGGAGCAAUACAAGCCUGUAGGUCAAGUCAUUUUGAUGGCAGUUAUUUAAAGGAUGGAGAGUUCACCCUGCUUCUUUCCUCCCCUCUUCCCCUUCUAGUCAUUCUGGUGUCUGUUUGGUUUCAUACAAUGCAUUGUUCUUCAGCAUUAAUUAUAACAAUCUGUCUCCUGGAAAAUAUCCACAAGUCAGCAAAAACUGCUUAAAUUUCCAUGUAGCAUUUAGCAGUUUCCCUAAAAUCUUUUAUAAGAUCUAACCUAUUUCUAGAAUUUGGAAGACAAAGAAAUAUAGUAUGCAUUUGUAAACAAAACUACAAUUUGACAUGUCUAGAAACUGGAAAAAAAAAAUAGUAAGAGAAAAACCAAACUGAGCUGGACUUCAGACUGAUUUGCUAUCUGGUAAAUAAACUAGGAGACUGUCUAAACAAAGUUAAUUUAAAUUUAGACCUUCUUAUAUAAUAAACAUUAAUUCAGAGAUAACUGAAAUGCUGUUGUAAUUGUAGCUUACCUGCAGAAUGCACAGUAUGAGGGACUGUCUAUAUUAAAGUUGCAUUGGUCUGUUUAGUUAUCCUGGUGCAAAUACUUAACAUAGAUAUGUAUUAAACCAUGCUUGUAGCAGUUUAGCACAUCGUUAAAUUAAUGGAAUUUAUCUACACUGGUUUAAGUGCAUCUGUGGUAGGAAUUUGGACAGGUUCAAACAAAUUUGCAUAUGUCCAUGCCUCAGAGAUGCUAUGUCGAUUUUUAUAUUAUGAAAAUACAGGUUCCAUUAAAAGAAGCUACAACUCUUAAUUUAUAUGCCAAAGUCAAGACUUCCUGUCAUGCAUGCAAACACAAAAAAGGCAAGACAAUUGUACCCACGCAGGUGACUGGCAUGGUGGGCAAAUCUCCAUGAUCGUCAUCCCAACUUUUAAUCUCCUUAAUACAUUACAUACAUGGCACUGAACACAGGUAAUUUCACUCAAGUAUUGCAGUCUGUUUAGUUAAAAUCUACACGCGCACGCACACACGUGAACCAUUUCAGGUCAUUUUUUACUGUAUCAUUAAAAAUAAUAAAGGUAAUGAAAAUGUUAUCACAAUGAUACUCUUACAGCAAUAAAGGUUUGAGGCACUGUGGGAAGAGAA